AUGUCUGAUAAAAUAACUUCGUUGUUGGACGACCUAUGGACGUCGCUGAAUGCUACUGCCCUAGACGGAGGGCGGAUCGAGAUACCAAGCGUCCUAUUAUCCGGCGGACCUGCGACUAUAAUAGAGGCUAUUGAAUGGCGAGUGGAUUGGCCGGUCAAGAAACUCCAUUAUUAA